AUGACCCGGUACGCCGCUACUCCAGAAAACCUCGAUAAAGCUGCUAAGGCUAGUGGUUCCUACCUUCGUGUUCACUUCAAGAACACCAGAGAAGCUGCCAAGACCAUCUCUGGAAUGAAGCUCACCAAGGCUGUUAAGUUCUUAAAUGAUGUCAAGGAAAUGAAACAAUGUGUUCCAUUCAGAAGAUUCUCUAAGGGUGUUGGUCGUUGUGCCCAAGCCAAGAACCACAACAUUUCUCAAGGUAGAUGGCCAGUUAAGAGUGCUGAAUUCUUAUUAGGUCUCCUUAAGAAUGCCGAAAGCAAUGCUGAAGUUAAGGGACUUAACAUGGACAACCUUGUCAUCAAGCACAUCCAAGUCAACCAAGCUCCAAAGCAACGUAGAAGAACCUACAGAGCUCACGGUCGUAUCAACGCUUACUUAAGUCACCCAUGCCACAUUGAAGUCAUUGUUGCUGAAGAAAACGAAGCUGUUGAAAAGGCCACUGAAAAGACUGUCUCCUUAAACAAGAGAAUGGCUGCCAGAGCUGCCAGAAUUGCC